CCCCCUCUCAUCCAAACCAAGCCCUUCUAGUCCGGUAUGGAUUUUGAGGGAAACUCCCAUGCCAAAAUUUAAAAAAAAAUGGCGUGUGGGUCCCCCCCAAAAUCCAUACCAGACCCUUAUGCAGCAUGCAUCCCGCAGGUCAGGAAAGAAAGGGGGACGAGCGAGCACCCCCCCCCGAACCAUACCAGGUCACAUUCUCUCAACAUGGGGGGGUGCUUUGGGGCAGGGGGGCUCCCCCCCAAAACACCUUGUCCCCAUGUUGAUGGGGACAAGGGCCUCUUCCCCACAACUCUGGCCAGUGGUUGUGGGGGUCUGCGGGCAGGGGGCUUAUCGGAAUCUGGAAGCACCCUUU